CAAUUAAACAGAGACUAAUGUGACAUUAUCUGAAUUACAAAUCAAUUGAUACAUUUUAAAAAGAUAAUUGUAAUAUAUUUAUAGAUAAAUAUGAUAAAAAAGAUGACUAAUGGAAUUCCCAUACAAAGCUCAUUACGGAAGGUUCUAUCUACAUAAUAUUAUCUUGACUUUUAUCUUCACGUUUUACUUUUAUCACAAGCAAAUCUAUAAAAACUUUACACUAUGAGCAUAUGCUGCUCACAAUACAAUUGAUCAUCUAAAUUAGAGGUCGACCAACUUUUUAUCAAUAAUGGAAGCUGAAAAGGCUACUAUGGCAGAAAAAGAUAGGAGCCUAGCUCCGACUGAAUACAAGAAUAUGUCAUUAUGUCAACGAGUCAAAUAUGUCAAGAGCCACGUAACUGUAGAAGUCACUGGAUUUUUAGUCAUUUUUGCGAAUGUUAUACAAGGAGUGGCCAUGCAAACCAUGGGCUUAGAAAAAGCAUGCCGAGUAAAUUUAGAGUUGGACGACGCGAUAUGCGAUGCACUCAGAGCCCAGAAUGGGACAGAAGAUUUAUUACCUUACGAGAGAAUGGUCCAGGAGCUAUACGCAUCACGAAUAUCAUGGAGAAGCAUUGUGCAAACGGUACUCUCUUGUGUCGUGGUCAUAUUUGUCGGUGGAUGGAGUGACGCGACCGGCAGAAGGAAAGUGAUAAUGAUGGCUUGUCUUUCUGGUGAAAUAGCACAUACGUUGAACAACAUAAUUAAUGUGAUAUUUUUUUAUCAAAUCCGUCUGGAAAUUUACAUAUUUUUUGAUGUAUUCUUUCUUAGUAUUUUCGGAGGCACCGGUGUUAUGUUCCUAGCACUGAUUAAUUACAUAUGCGAUAUUACAACAUCUGAAAAUAGAACACACAGAAUUGGUUUUGUAAACUUGUCAACAUUUGCUAGUAUUCCAUUGGCCUUAUCCAUAUCGGGUAUUGUUUUAAGCUAUGGGGGAUAUUAUGGUAUAUUCAUACCAGCACUAAUAAUGCACAUUUUAAAUUUAUUUUAUCUUAUAUUUCACAUAUCUGACCAAGCCAGAACCGAAGAACAUAAAAAGCACGACGGUAGAGGGGUGAUUCACUUCUUGAGGACUUUCUUCAACUUAGCGACUAUAAAAGAAACUUUGGCUAUCGUUUGGAAAAAGACAGAAAACAACAGGAGGAAAACACUGCUGAUAUUAAUUGGUACUAUUACUUUCAUGCACGGGCCUUUCAUUGGGGAAAUGUCAACUUUAUAUAUGGUGACUAGAUAUCGUUUUAACUGGAAUGAAGUACAGUUCAGCUUCUUCCAGACCUACAGCUUCUUUAUGAGUGUAAUCGGUACCGUGGUAUCUUUGUUGCUGUUCAGCAAAUAUCUGAAGUGGCACGACAGCGUAUUGGGAAUAACAUCUACUACCAGCAAGAUUCUAGCAUCGUUUGUGUAUUGUUUCGCCCCAAACACAGGCAUUUUCUAUCUAGGUCCUUUUGUUGAUAUAUUAAGCGGUGCCAUGUUACCAAUGUUGGCGAUUAGAUCAAUUUACACAAAACUAGUGACCCCGCAAGAACUGGGCAAGAUGACGUCACUGUUUGUUUUAUUUGAAAACCUGGCGCCAGUGAUGUAUGUUCCGAUUUAUGUUGCCAUCUAUACUGCCACCAUGGACACACUGCCAGGAGCAAUUUAUCUAUUUGGAGCUGCCAUAAGUGUUCCAGGACUAAUAGCAUUCUUAUAUCUCUUCCGCAUGCACAGAAUAAGUUUGAAGAAAAAAGCAAUGCCGUAAAACACGGAAUAUCACGGAAACCCAUCAAGCGCAGGGUGGAUAGAGAAAUGUUUAUGCAUAUUAACAUGCUGUGAUUAAAAAUAUGUCGUUGGAUGAACACACACCGCGAGAAGUGGAUGCACUGGUUGCACCUGUAUCCCUUCGGGAAUAAAGUCUUGUGUGUAUGUGAGUGUGUGUGAGUGUUUAUAAUAAAUUAUAAUCGAUGGAAGGUCGUGCGAUUAUUGUGGACUCGAAAUAUCCAAUAAGGUGUUGAUGAAUGACAGUUAAGAUUAAUCUUUGGAGGAUAAACUAAGAAAAAAAAUCAUUAUCGAUGGAAAUCGGAUAACGGAUAAUUAAUAAAGACUGUAUGUAUUUUUUUAAGGGUACGGAAUAUCUACUUCACUGCCGGUGCACUGGAGUACAUGUGCACCACUAUAUUCAUGAAUAUAGUGGUGUCUGGAAAAUUAUCGAUUAGCGAAAUACGAUUUUAAAUAGGCGUAAGACAAUCUGUAUUACGGUUAAAUGUAUGUGCUAAUGCUUCCAUCUACAUCAUAUUGAAAUAAGUACAUCAAUGGCAUUCUGCAGUAGAAUAAUAAACUGCAAUUUAUUCAUCGUCUGAUAAUUUUAUCGCGCAGCUUCAUAUAACAGACAAACACUCAUAUUGUUCAACACGACGUGUAAUUAUGAAGAUUAUCAUUGUUCGUAGUUUUGUUGAACAUAGAUCCAGUAUUCCGGUCUGUAGUGGGAUUUCCAGAAUCAAUCUCGAUGUAUCCACUCUGGCUCUAUGAAUUCUGGAAUCUUGGUACCUUACCGAUAAUUCGAGCAUUUGAAUGCCAAUACUAAACAACGUUAACAACAUGCGAUGAUGACUAGAUUAAUGACAAAAUAGUUUUAAUGAUUUCUUAUGUUUACGCGAAUGUUAGACAUUGAAAUAAAACUGUUUUUCGGAUUUUA